GUUGGAUAUUGAGGAUGAUCCAGGGUGGCAUAGUGCGGAUAGCGAGGACGAGGAUGCGAAUGAGAGCAGUAAUUACAGUGCUGGGCAGGAGUGUUUGGAUAGGUGAUGAUAAAAAAUUUGGAGCAAAUGGUGACAAUGGUUUUGAAUACAUUCCCAAAUCCCCAUCCUCGUGUGCGAUGGGCAGCUAUUAAUGCCAUUGGGCAACUGUCCACAGACAUGGGCCCAGAUUUGCAAGUUCAGUACCAUCAACGAGUGCUACCAGCUCUAGCUGCAUCUAUGGAUGACUUCCAGAAUCCACAGGUGUAGGAGGUCAAGAGAAGGAACCCAAGAAGCUGAGCUGAAGGAAGUUGAGAAGGUGAAUUAUAGUGAUAACCAAAAGGGAUAUCAGGAAAGAUGCCUUCACAGAAGAUCAAAACAGGUCACCAGGACACAGUCCAUGAUGUUGCCAUGGAUUACUAUGGAAAGAGAGUGGCAACAGCUUCAUCUGAUAGCACCGUUAAGAUAAUUGGUGUUAGCAAUAAUGCUUCACAACACCUUGCUACUUUGACUGGCCAUCAAGGCCCUGUUUGGCAGGUUGCUUGGGCACACCCCAAGUUUGGAUCAAUCCUUGCUUCUUGUUCCUGUGAUGGCCGAGUGAUAAUCUGGAAGGAAGGAAAUCAAAAUGACUGGACACAAGCUCAUGUUUUCAGUGAUCGUAAAUCAUCUGUCAACUCCAUUGCCUGGGCACCUCAUGAACUUGGCCUCUGCUUGGCUUGUGGAUCCUCUGAUGGGAAUAUCUCUGUCUUCACUGCUAGGUCUGAUGGCGCUUGGGACACCACAAAGAUAGAUCAAGCUCACCCUGUUGGAGUAACCUCAGUUUCAUGGGCCCCAUCAAUGGCUCCUGGUGCUCUGGUUGGAUCUGGUCUGCUGGAUCCUGUUCAGAAGCUGGUUUCUGGUGGCUGUGAUAAUACUGUGAAGGUGUGGAAGCUAUACAACGGGAAUUGGAAGAUGGACUGUUUCCCUGCUCUUCAGAUGCAUACAGAUUGGGUAAGGGAUGUGGCUUGGGCACCCAACUUGGGGCUUCCAAAGUCCACAAUUGCAAGUGCUUCACAGGAUGGAACAGUUGUAAUAUGGACUGUGGGCAAGGAAGGUGAUCAAUGGGAGGGUAAAGUUUUGAAGGAUUUCAAGACCCCAGUUUGGAGGGUCUCAUGGUCGCUGACUGGAAACCUAUUGGCUGUGGCUGAUGGAAACAAUAAUGUGACAUUAUGGAAAGAAGCAGUUGAUGGUGAGUGGCAACAGGUUACUACAGUGGACCCAUAUCAUUUAGCCUGAUGAAGAAUUUUUUUAAUUUUUAAAAAUGUAAAGAGGAAUCAUUCUACAUUCAGCUAGAGUGAAGUAAUUUUAGUAGAAGUGUUUUUUUUUAGGAAAAUAACAUGUUUAUCUGAAAAAGAUACUAUAAGUGGUUU